AUGAGGGCCCUGGUAUGCUUGAUGCUGAUCUCCAUGGCGUUCGCCGCCGAAGAAAAGACAGUCCAAAAGCGUGGCCUGCUAAAUUUGGGCUACGGUUUGGGAGGAUUGGGAUUGGGCGAUGGUCUGCUCGGUGGUGAUUUAGGACAUGGAAAAGUCGCGAUUGCUGUCCAGGAAAAGGCCGUCGCUGUGCCAUAUCCAGUCCCAAGACCAUACCCGGUCGCCGUUGAUAGACCAGUUCCCGUAAAGGUACCAGUGGCGGUUCCACAGCCGGUCCCAGUGGCGGUCCCAGUGCCCCAGCCAUACCCAGUAGUGCAAACCAAAACUGUCGCGGUACCCGUGGACAGACCUGUACCAGUCACGGUUCCAGUUAAGGUAGCUGUGCCUGUACCCGCCCCAUACCCCGUCAAGGUGCCUAUUUCACAUUUUCAGGUGGCAGUCCCUCAGCCUGUCCCAGUCGUCGUUCAACAGCCAGUUCUCGUUAAAGAACAAGUUCCCAUCCUCCUUAAAGGGGGACACGGUUUGGGACACUACUAGAUGAAUUUUCCCUUCGAACUGCGAGUUCGACCAGUCUUCGCCUAGACACCCUUGCAGCAUCGCAAAAAUCAUUAUGACGAGAGCAUUAACAAAACACGU